AUCCAUCAAACCGUAGCAGGCGUAAUACAACUUCCUGCAAGUUCCGAACGAGCUUUGGCCGGGCGGAGGGUUCAAAUUGAGUACGUAGCGCAAAUCAUCGUAUUGUCCUGAGUAGCGGAAUUCAACAAUCGGACCUAGCAGGUAUCUACUUGGUACUUAGUUAGUCGUAUCCGUAGACUGCUUGGUUUAAAGUCGCCUCAUUGCCGUGUGUCAUUGACCCGGCCAACACACGACAAACGAUACGAAUUUCCCUCAACGGAGCAGCUCUACUGACGAUGGCCCCGAACCCAUUCAUCCUUGCGUCCGACAACAGCCCAGAACUGUUGCCAUUGUUGCGCGCGAACUCAGGUCUGGCUUCCUCGCAGGACGAACAUGGCUACUCUCUUGUCCACGCAGCAGCCAGCUACAACCACCUUGAUCUCCUGCGGACACUGAUUCGAGACUUCGGCGUCGACGUGGAUAUCAAAGACGAGGACAAUGAGACUGCACUGUUCGUCAUAGAAACCCCAGACGCCGCCAAGGUCCUUGUGGAGGAGCUUGGCGCCGACAUCCUUCACAAAGGCUCCGAAGGGUUGAACGCGAGGGAGAAACUCGAAGGCGAAGGCGAAUUUCCCGAAGUUGUUGCAUAUCUCAUGACCAAGGAAUCUGAACAUGAUAUCGAGCGUACGAUCUCCAACGCGAUCCCUGAGUCGAUACCUCCACCCCCAGAGGGCUUGCGAGUCACCAUGGGUACCAUGGAUCCAGUUGAAGAUGUGCCCGGCGAUGUCGAUAUUGAGUUUCGCCGCCGAAUCGAGGAGCUUGCACAGCGCGAUGAUUUCGACACACCACAAGGUCAAGCAGAUCUGCGCAGAUUGGUUGAAGAUGCUAUUUCGGACCAGGGGCUGGGUGACCAAAGGGCUGUCCGGUCGAAAAUGGGCUGAAUGCCUCUAUUUGGUGGAUUCGAUUCUCCACGAGAGGUAUUGGUUUGGGUUCUCGGCAGCCUUGAGCAGUGUCAGUUCGUUGCAACUGCCGGAAACAUUGCGAGAGAACUGAGUCGCACUGACAGCAAACCACGAUCGCUGGAAGCUUGCUGUCAACAGGGUCGCCACUAGUUCCCGCAGCCAGUGCGGUCCUAUAAAUCCUUGCCAGGUUAUCUUACAAACCUUGGCAACUCCUUCGGGUUGCUGUGGAGUAUCAUAACGCGCAAG